AUGACAAACUCAUUCACAACUGUGCACCCUGCUGCUGCCUCUGUCCUCGCAGCUCGUGUGGGCAAGGUUGUCCUGCCGGGCAGGAAAAGCAUUCAGACGCCGCACUAUGUUGCUAUCACGUCGCGGGGAGUCGUGCCUCAUCUCUCACCGGAUGUCGCCAGGAAUCAUACAACACUCGGAUGUCUCUAUAUUGGAUUGGAAGAUUUUUUAGAAAAGGCCCCUAAAGAGGUACCUCCGAUUCUCAAUCUACCCCAGAAUCAUCCGCAUGAGUCUCGGCUUCGGAACUUCAUAGCUGCGCAAGACGACGAUAUUUUGAUACUGGGUGCGCGAAGGGCAAAACCGGUGGUCGCCCCGCAGUACAAUCUUCCCAAUGCCCUUGCGAUUCUGACGUCGGUGGGGUUUCACCAUUUAACAGACAAGGCAUGGCUACAAUAUGUGGAAGCCUUGCGACCAGAUAUCAUCAUUGGCUUUGCGGAUAUGUCGUAUGGCCAUGCACCAGGUAUAAAGAGGCGAGAGAAGAUGGUCGACCGCACCCAUGCAUACACACGAGAUGCGACAAACCGGCUAUAUAAGAAGUCAGAGGAUUCAAACCAAGGCCCACAACCAUUAUAUUUUGCGCCAAUAUUGCCGAUAGAUAAUACGGAACAGAGUCUGUAUCUUCAAGAUUUGGAAGACGAGCUACGACCCGGAAUCUCCGGUUUGGCUGUCUACGAAUCCGCGUCUCUAUCUGCAAUAUCAAAAGGCCUCGAGGACCUACCGCGACUGUGUUUCAACGAACCGCGAGCACCACAAGACAUAAUCCGCGAUAUCUCCCUUGGAGCUGAUUUGCUCAUCAUUCCGUUUAUUGGUGAUCUGGCAGAUGCUGGUAUUGCAUUGGAUUUCGUCUUUUCGCGCAAGUACGACGACCAACAUGAUGGAGAAGCAAAUAAGAAACCAAAGCCGCUGGGCUUGAAUUUAUGGGACAACUCAUUUGCUACAGAAGUUGCUCCCAUCUGCGAGGGAUGUCAGUGCUACGCAUGCCAGAAGCAUCACCGCGCAUACAUUCACCAUUUACUCUCGGCAAAGGAAAUGCUCGCAUGGUCCCUUGUUCAAAUCCAUAACCACCAUGUUAUGGAUUUGUUCUUCAAAGACAUCCGGCAGUCAAUUAUAGACGGUACAUUUGAGACAAAUGCUGCGCUCUUUGAGCGAAAAUACGAAUCAGCAUUCCCCACACAAACCGGUGUAGGACCUAGGUUGAGAGGAUAUUCCAGCCAUGUCUCUAGACGUGAUGAACCACGAAGAAAUCCACGCUCUUACGGGAUACUGAAUGACGCGCUUGAGAAAUAUGCCGAAGCGCAAAGUUCUGCCAUUGCAACCCCCGAUGUCGAUGCAGAGGAGUUGCAGAAACAGGGAUUUGCCGAGAAAAGCGCAGAUUUUUGA